AUGUCUGUUCCUUCACGCAACGUCAGUCUGGUCAUUUUCGAAUCCUCGACCUCCGCCUUUCUUGUGUUGUCUGCUUUCCUCGGCAACUCACUCCUUCUUGCCGCUCUAUACAAAAAACCUCGUCUUAAAAGUUCGACUGUCCUGUUUAUCGCUGCUCUGGCUGUAACCGAUCUACUAAACGCAUGCAUUCCCGGUAUGUUGUUCUUUUCUUCCCUCGCAAUUGGAAAGUUACCGUUUGGUAAGUUUGGCUGUCAGAUUAGCGGUUUUUUCUUGCAUUUUCUGACCUACGCAUCCAUGUCGACUAUGACUCUGACAGCUAUUAACAGAUUCUUUUGCGUUUUGAGACCGAGGGUGUAUAAGUGCGCUUUCACCAACCAGCGUUCGUUGAUAUACAUCGCAUCCCUGUGGAUGUUCGUAGCAGUGGUUGUUAUCAUUCCUAUUGCGGCUGAAUGGUCAACUUUUUCUUUCAACCCAAUGAUGGCUUCUUGCGCCAUGAAGUUCGCCAAGCCUGAGGUAGAACUCGGGUACACCACCUUCAUUGUGGUUUUUUUCGUGGUUGUUUGUUUCUCCAUCACAACUUUCUGCUACCUUAGCGUUUCCCGAAGCAUCCACCAACAUAACGCCAACGUCAUCGUUUCGCUAUCAGUGCAAGAAAUCCGCCUGACCAGGGCCUUAUUUGUGCUCGUGUUCACAUUCGCGGCAUUGUGGAUCCCUGCCUUCUUCGCAAUAGUACUGAUGCGGCUUGUGUUCCGAGCCUCAGUUCAUCGGGGAGUGGCCUUGUUAAUACCCUACCUAAUAAGCUUGAGCAGCGCGCUGAAUCCCUGGAUUUACGGAGUCAUGUCCCCAGCUGUUCGCGACAAGAUGAAAAAAAGCCUCUGCAAGUCCAGCUCGGUUACCGUUUUAUUUGAACCAACAAAUGAAACCGUUUUAGUUCGCCAGCACCUGGGAUCUCGUACAGGGAACUCUGCCAGAAACACUUUUCAUUAG